AUGAGUAUUAGCGUUAGCAUUAGCGCUUUUUCCCGUGGAGAGAAGGAUCAGCGGCUGUUUCGGUGCAGCUGCAGCCGGUGGCACAGCACUUUGCACUGGGUGCGCGGCUCUUCGCGGCACGAAAUUCACUUUCAGUGUUCUGUCCUGCUUGGAGAAACCAUUGGCGUGUUGUUUACUUUGCUGUCUCCGUGUACAGGUUUACUGUGGAGAAAUGGCUAUGAGGCAGACUCCCCUCACAUGCUCCGGCCACACCAGGCCUGUUGUGGAUCUGGCCUUCAGUGGAAUCACUCCUUACGGCUAUUUUCUCAUCAGUGCUUGUAAAGAUGGUAAACCAAUGUUGCGCCAGGGAGACACAGGGGACUGGAUCGGGACGUUCUUGGGUCACAAAGGUGCAGUUUGGGGUGCCACCUUAAAUAAAGAAGCCACGAAGGCAGCGACUGCAGCUGCUGAUUUCUCUGCAAAGGUGUGGGACGCAGUCACGGGAGAUGAGGUCCUCACCCUGGCGCACAAGCACAUCGUCAAAUCUGUAAACUUCACGCAGGACAGUAACUGCCUUUUGACAGGAGGGAAUGAUAAAGUUCUGCGUAUUUAUGACCUCAGCAAGCCUGAAGCAGAGCCCCGUGAGAUCUCGGGCCACACUGCAGCCAUUAAGAAAGCUCUGUGGUGUAACAGCGACCAGCAGAUCCUCUCCGCUGCAGAGGAUAAAACCAUACGUCUCUGGGACAGAAACACAGGUGAGGUGGUAAAGACGCUGUCGUUCGAGGCGUCUGUCAGCAGCAUGGAGUACGUCCCCGACAGCGAGAUCCUCGUCAUCACCUACGGAAGGACCAUUGCCUUCUACAAAGCUCAAACCCUGGACCUGAUCAAGACCGUGGACGCUCCGGCCUCCAUUCACUCCGCCUCGCUGCAUCCGGACAAGGACUUUUUUGUGGCAGGAGGAGACGACUUCAAACUCUACAAAUACGACUACACCACCAAGGAAGAAAUGGAGUCGUAUAAGGGUCACUUCGGGCCUGUGCACUGUGUGCGCUUCAGUCCUGACGGAGAGCUGUAUGCCAGCGGCUCUGAGGACGGGACGCUGCGCCUGUGGCAGACUGCCGUAGGGAAAACGUACGGGCUGUGGAAGUGUGUGCUGCCUGAGGAGCUGUCUUCGGAGAACUCGGACACUCUGUACUGCCCUCCGGCUGAGAUCAAGGCCUGAGGUGUGAACCAGGAAGAGCAAACAGAGAAGAGAAGAAAAGGAAGGAGAAGAGAGGAGGACAGGACAGGCCCAGAUCAGAUCCCCUGCAGAGUGCUGUGCCACCUCAAUCUCCAUCACCCAGAAAAAAAAAAUAAGAGAAACAACAGUCCACGGAGCGGAGUUUACCACGGGGAGUGCGGGGGAAUCCAGCAGCGCGUUACACUCCUCCACCCAGACCGCGCACCAGGAGGUAGUAGUAGAGAUGGGAGUGCUCAUGGUCCGACUCCCAGCUGCCUGCUCUCUCUCUGGUGCUGUUCGGUACCAUCUGGUACUAUCCGGCUCCUCCACCGCGCUGCCAUCAGUUACUUUACUUUCAUCAUGGUAUCUCUGUUUGUCUUUUUUUUUUUUUCCCCUCAAUGUGUAAAAUUGUGCUUUUAAAAAAAACAAAGAAAAAAAGGAUCAAGAGUUUGUAUUCAGUUUAUUGAUCUCUGUGAAGGUGAUCCUGAUUAUGACGUGUUGUGUUAAAUCUAAUCCACAGUGGUGUUUUGGUGUAUUAUAAUCACCCGUCAGUAUCGGAGUGUUGAGUUUUUUGAAACGUAACGAGUAAAACUGACUUUAAAAAUAAGUGACUUAAGUUCUUAACUUUUUUCUCUCCCUCCCCCCUCCCCCGCAACCUGCCAACUGUAAUGUGUGGUCAAUAAAACAUGAAUGAGAUACCAUUUAGAA